UUAGACAGUUCACUAAAUGGCAAAUUGAGAAAACUUGCUAUUGUGCCUUGCGGUACAAUUCGGAUGGCUCGGGGAGAAGAAGAUCUUGACACAAUUAAGUGUAAGCCCACCGAUCUCUAUGAUCCCUUGAACCCUAAAAUUGCGCAAUUAUUUUUCGAUGAUGAAAAAUAUUUCCCAGUAGAAAAGUUCUCGAAUCCAGAUAAUCUAUAUUAUCACAUUUUGAAAAGGUUAGGAAUUAAAACUUCGUUUUCAUCAAUAGAUAUCAUCAAGCGAAUUGAAACAUAUGUCAAACGUCAGAAAACGGAAAAUAACAUCAAUGAGGUGUAUAAUAAAUCACUUAACCUGCUUAUUUAUAUCGAUGAAAAUUGGAAUUCAUUAAGUGACAAAAAUAAAAAAUUUUUAUCGAUGAUUGCUUCAAAAUGGAUUCCGACUAUUAAUAAAUGCGGUAAUAAGUCAUUUUCUUGUUCGUCCGAAUGUCGUGACAAAAAAGAUGAGUACUUAGUAUCAUUAGCCCUCCCAAUUCUCGAUUAUCAAAUCACGAGUGCUCCAUUUCGCAAUCAUUUGGAAUGGAAAAGAUAUCCUCGUGUAAAAACCGUUCUUUUGCAAAUGGAACUAUGCUCCACAAUGCCUAAGGACAAUUUAAAUAUUAAAAACCAGCCAAGAAUUUGCAAAGCAAUUUAUACAUAUAUUGAUGAGGCUCUGUCAGACAGCGAUGAACAGUCUAAGCAAGAGGUGGAGGAAUUAAGGGAAGGGCUAAAAAAUAUAAAGUGGAUCUUUUGUGAAGGUGAUUUCUAUGCAACCAAGAAUGUUGUUUUUGAUCUUUCGACAAAUUUUGGAAAAGAGCUACCAAUUGUUCAGCUGCCUUCUAAUUAUCGAAAUUACUUUAGUAAAGUGUUUAAAUCUAUGGGUGUCCGAGAAAAAGUUGAUAUCUCCGAUUUCAUUGAUAUAAUCGGAGACAUUGCUCGUGAAGCAGAUAAUGAACCACUAACUGAUGAAAUUUUAUCUAAAACUAUUAAAAUUCUUGAUCAAAUUGGAAAGGAAUGCAUUAAGUCUAAAAAGGAGGGAAACCCUAAUGAUUUGAAAAAUUUGUUUAUUCCAAGCACUGAUGCCAUUCUUGUCAGCUUCGAAGAAAUCAAAUUUGAUGACAGGGUUGGGUUAAGUAAUGAAGAAAAGGAAAAUUGCAAACUCUCUCAUUCUAAAAUAUCACUUGCACUUGCUAAGGAACUUGGAAUUCAAAUGCUUUCUGAAAUGUUUACCAAAGGCAGUGAGAUUGAUUUCGAAGAUUAUGAACAAUCGGAACCUUUAACUACUAGGAUAAAAUCGAUUAUUAGUAAUUGUUCACCUGAUUCCUUGUUCAAAGAAUUUCUUCAGAACGCUGAUGAUGCGGGAGCACGUAGAUUUAUAAUUUAUAUUGAUGAAAGACCAUUGCAUGAGAAUGAUCAUUCCUCACUCUUGUCUGAAGAAAUGUAUAAUUGGCAAGGACCAGCUGUUUGGAUUUAUAAUGAUGCGACAUUUGAAGAUAAAGAUUUUUCUGCAUUAAUUAAACUUGGUGUCGGGAGCAAAUCCGGCGAUGAGAGCAAAAUAGGUCGUUUUGGCAUCGGAAUUACCACUUCUUACCAUUUAACUGACGUUUUAUCUUUUGUGAGUGGAGAACAAAUUGCCUUUCUUGAUCCUCACGCGAAGUUUCUUCCGAUGCGGGGAAAUUCUCCAAAACGACCUCGAGGAAUUAAGUUAAAUUUUCUUGAAAAAAAAUUUCUAACUCGUUUUAAUGAUCAAUGUAUACCAUAUCUUGCUAUAGAAAAUUGUAAUUUUAAACAAUCAUUUAACGGAACCUUGUUCAGACUGCCACUUAGAAACAUUGAGUUAUCAAAAAAAAGCUUAAUCUCACGAAAUUCAGUAAAUCCCAAGGCUAUUUUAAACCACUUUUAUAAAAUAAAAGGUAGUCAUGAGAUUCUUUUUUUAAGAAACAUCGGAAUAUAUAGCAUAUAUCAUAUAGAAAAAGAUAAACACGAACCACAAUUAAUCUGGGAAGCAAAAAUCCAAAAUUUAAAAGAUAUCGAAAAUAUUCGCAGCAAAGUUGAUUAUAAACCACAAAUUUUUCAACUUGAUACCGACACAAAAAUAUAUGAUGCACAAAAGGAAAAAACAACUUCUGAAAUGUGGCUCGUGUGCACAGGUGGAAAUACCGAAAUCACAGAUACGGCAUUAUCCGAUUUCUCAAAAGAGGAGAGACUUACUGCACAUGGUGGUGUCGCUGCUAUUCUUGCACGAUCAGAUAAUGAAUCUUUAAAUAAUCCUUUAGAUUUAACAAACCCGCCUGAUCUUGAUGGAAAAGAAUAUGCAUAUGUUUCAUGCAAUGGUUCUACAAAUUUAGGAGUGCACAUAAAUGGCCAUUUUUCUUUGACAAGAGAUAGAAUAGUUAUUUUACAACCAAAUGAUAACAUCAAUGGAAAUCCUACAUCAUUGCAUGUUAAAUUAUUGGAAAAAAUAGCUGAAAUAGACUAUGAACGUUUCAAAAAAUCUAACAUCAGUGCCGAAAAAUUUGUUUCAUGCAUAACAAAAAAAUUUUGCCCAUUCAGCAGAGUUAAGUCGGGUUUGUAUUAUAGCUAUGCGAUAAGUGUACUACAAAAAAUUAAUGAUAGCGAAGUGUUUUGGACAGAAGCUAAUGGAGGUAAAUUUGUAUCCUUAAACAAUGCAUAUUUCUACGAGGAAAGUGAGUCUGCCAUUGCAAAUAUUCUUGUUGAACAUGGUAUUUCAACUGUGAAGAUUGACAAAAAUAUACUUGGUCAACUGAAAGAGUCACAAAACCAAAAAGGAAGACCAGAUAAGAAAUAUAGACCUAUUAAUUCUGAAUCUGUUUGUAAUUUACUAAGAAAACCUGACGUUCUACAAUCCAUUCAUCAAAAAUCUACGGACUCCUAUAAGGAUGUUUUAGUUUUGUUAAAAUUCGUUUUGCAAAAUAAGAAUUUAUUCUCGAAGUUAACUGGGUUGCAGUUGGUACCCUUAAAAGAUAGAUCUAUUGGUACUUUUGGUGAACAAACUUAUUAUAUCGCAAAGCAAAAACAUCAAGUUUUAUUUCCACAAUCUGGUCCUUCCCGUUUUGUUUAUGAUUCAGAUGAUGAACUUAAUAAAAUUUUUGAGAGUAAAGAUUUUUCGAGGUUUACCAAUAUUAAAAAGCUUGACGCACCAGGCGUUCUUGACCUUUUGGAUGGGGUGCUUCCAAAUGAACAGGAAAUUGAUUGGGAUCCUUCCGCAGAAAAUGGUCUUAAUCGAUCAUGGCUUGAUGAUAUUUUUGAAAAAAUGAAAUGGUGCAUAGAAUUAGAAAUUACAAGUUUAUCUAAAUAUCCUUUGCUCCCUGUCAUUUCACCAUGUGAUAAACUUGUUCGAAUGGAUCCGUCAAACCCUUUAUUGAAUUGUCCGGACAAUCCAGACGAAGUUUUUAUGCGUGCGCUUGGAAAGUUAGGAAUUCGUCUCACGAACAUAAAAUUUAAUAAUAAGCAUAUUAAUAAGUCAGAAUUCUUUAAAAAGGGUGUACUUAAUUGGAACUAUUUUAAUGUCUUUGAUUCUAUUAAGAGAAAACGAAAAUCACAAAAUAUUUCCAUGGAGUUAUUUUUUGACAAUGCAGCAUUUGAGAAAGAUGAGUUAAAAAAGUUCAGAGAGUUCGUUAAAGCAUUCUUCAAUUCUCAAAAUUUUCAAGGGCAGAAAGAUAAAAAUACCGAAAUUGUUGAGAUUAUUAAAGAACUUCCAAUAUGGCCAAUCGGUUCAUCAGAACAGAAUGAAUAUGUUCCCGUAAAGAAGGGAAAGGUGCCUCCACGUAAUCUUUCUUGUCCUUUGCUAGAUACUGACAUAUUUGUCGUGGAAGAUGAAUAUUUUAAUAUUGAAGCAUACGAAUAUGUAAAACAAUGUUAUCCUCCUAGUUCAGGUAGAGUACCGACACAGCAAGAUGUGGAAUUCCUUGAAGAAAUUCUUUUGCUUAAAGAUCAAAAAAUUGAAAAUUACCUUAAAAAUCGUGAAUCGAUUCCCAACAGGAGUCUUAAAACAUUUGUAAGAGCCGAUACCCUAUACGAUGCAAAUGAAGACUUAUUCAAUCAAAUUUUUGAUGAGGACAAAUUUCUUCCUUCUCAAUUACAAAAUAAUUAUGUUUGUUGUAAUGCUUUAUCAAGGAUAGGACUCAAACAGAUUAUCGAUGGAACUACAUACAUUGAAUGCAUUCGUGAAAUUCAGAAGAAAAUUAAUUAUAUCCCUGACAAUUAUACUGAUCAAAAUAUUAGAUCCAUUGCAAAAAAAUUAACAGAAUAUUUAGAAUAUUUUAUUCAUAAUAGAUUGCGAUUUGAAGAUGAAUUGAAGCAAAUUUUCGAAAUAAAAUUUAUUCCUUUUAACAAUAAUCUUCCUAAUCCUUACAGCAAGACAACAAAUUAUACUUCAGGAUAUGAAUCUUUUAGCUCACUGUAUUCCGAAGUGUAUAUGAAUAUAUGUUGGACGCAAGCAAAAUUUUUUGAUCCUGAUAUUCCACGAUUCGCAAGACCUCCAAGAAUCAACAUGGUCAUUGAGCAUUGGAACUGUUUGUUUGUUAGAAAAAUUUUCCAAAACGAUUCAGACUGGGAAGUUGAUAGAAUAUACCAAAUUAUGGAGGAUAUUUAUCGAUUCGUGAUGGGAAAAGGAGUUAUGAAAUCUGAAUUAAAAAAUUUACGUUUCUUAAAUGGUGAUAACCCUUUUGAUCCUAAUUGUUGGGUUUUGGGCGAAAAUCUUGCUUUUGACAUUCAAGAUGACAGAGGAAAAUUGGUCAAAGUACAUGACCGUUUGAAACCAUUUAAAAAACUAUUGAUAGAUGCUGGCGCACAUAUUAUUGAUGAUGAUAUAGAAUAUGAACUUGCACCGACCAAUUCUUUACGGAAAUAUGAAUUGCUUAAAUAUUUAAUCGAGUAUCUGCGGGAUCAAAAACCAAAUUCUCAAUACCAUGAUGUUACAUUCAAAGUUGGGAAUCAUGAAAUUGGCGCAAAUCGUUUUGUUCUAUCAGAUGUUGCGACACACUUUGACUGGAAGUUUUCCGUAAAUCCUAUAAUCAUUAAUGGCAUUCAACCUGACACAUAUAAAGUGCUCUUGAGAUAUCUUUAUGGGAUGUCAUACUCGAAAGCUGUCGAGGAUGUUUUCGGAGAGGGAUUUGAUGGACAAGAUUAUGUAGAGUUUAUACUUGACUUUUUGAAAGCAUCAUAUAAGUCUUUCAAGUACGGUAUCACACAACCUAACCAAUAUUCAGCUUGUGACAAACGCCGAAUUUUGAUAAUUUUCUCCAGUAAAUAA